UCGACGUAUAACUGGAUGGAUUCAAGAUUGUUCAGCCAUCAAAAAGUCCACGGCAUAUACUAGUAGGCACCUUGAUGCUCCCAUGUUUACCCCAUCAACCCCACAAAGUCUUCCCCACCAUCUCCGAGAUGAUGGACCUUGUCCCUUGUCUGCAAUAAACGAGCGGCUAGAGGCGCGCACUGGUCUUUGGAGUGGCUCAAGUACGUGCCGAUGAAUUGUUCGGUCAAUCCCACUCCUCCACUGCCCUUGCCAGCGGCCUGGCCCCCAACUUGUGGAGGGGUUUGUUCGCAAGAUCUAACAUAUCUUCGAAUGCUUUUCACGCCCUAGGCCACGGCGCAAUAUAAGGGAUGCUUGAAUUAUAGGUAGUUCUUGAUAUACUACCAUGAGUGACCCUGAGGUACAAAGCGAGGGGUUUCUCGGUGACCAGCAUGAUUGUUAUUAUGCCACCGACCCACGCGUCAACAAGGAGCUCGCGGCCUCGCUGAAUGGCCAGCACGUAGUCAUCGCCGGUGCUGGGCGUGGGAUCGGGCGAGCCACGGCCGAGUUCUUCGCUCACACAGAUAUCAAGGCACUCAGUCUGAUGGCGCUCGAGCGGACCGAGGUGGACGAAACAGGCAAAAUCUGCAAGGGCAUCAACCCGGAUCUUGUCAUCAGAACCGCAGCCUUCGAUGUCCGAGAAUAUGGCUGGGUGGAGCACUUCAUCAACGAGGUUGACCGUGACGUCGGCAAGAUCGAUGUGCUUUUCAUGAACGCCGGCCGUCCACCUCAAUGGCUGCCCACGCAUGAAUGUGAUCCUCAAGUCUGGUGGGACACUGUGGCCAUAUCGCUUCAAGGAACCUUCAACUUCAGCCGAGCCGCGCUCCCGCACAUGCGACGAGAAAAAAGUGGAAGGAUCAUUUUCACAUCUAGUGCCGGCGCACACGUGAGCUCCGGCAUGAGCAGUUAUGCGCUUGGAAAGCUGGGCAUGGUUCGGCUCGCCGAGACGUUGCACAAUGAGAACAAGGAGUGCGGCAUCAAAACAUUUGCUAUCCACCCGGGCGCCAUUCCUACUCGGUUCUUUACCGACUUCCGUGAUGCGGCAGAAGGCAAGAUCGAGCCGAGCAGCUACGUGUCACAGACUCUUCCCGGGGAGGACAAGUCGGCAAAGACGGCGGUCGGCUUCUUCAAGGACGCCCAGUGGGACACGCCGCAAAUGCCCGCUGGGUUGGUGGUAGCACUCGCCAGUGGACAGUUGGAUUUCAUGUCUGGCAGAUAUGUCGACGCGUCCAGGAAGAUUGAGAAAUAUAUCGCGGACAAGGACAGGAUCGUGCAAAAGGACCUACAUCGAGUGAGGCUGGUUGUGGACACGGACUGUUUUCUUCCUAGAGGAAAUGACUAGCUGAGGUACUAUCGGCGUUCCUGGCUUGUGUUUUUGGGGAUCAAAGCCUGGUUUGACCGUCUCCAUCUGAGGGUCCAGAACAUACCUAGGUACGCCUGCGGUUUCUUAGCACCAGGAACUUGCUCCAUUCUCGUCAUCUUUUGUGAAAAGGAGAUCACGACUCAUCUUUAGCUGCCGCAUGGUAGAAAGGGGGUCGACUGAGAUACCCCGAGAAGCUCCGGGAAUGAUUUUGAGCUCACUUCUCCUUUCUCGCAUCCCUUCUUCUACUGCAUGCAUAUGGCGUAGCUGAGUUUUGGUCAAAGGUGGCGGGCACUCAUUGGCGUCGUCGUUCCUGAUUCCCGAAGCUCUGCAAAGUGUUUUUGAAGUUGUUGAGCACUGGGCCGCCCGAACGGGUUGAGCGCAAUACAUUGUCGCGCAAGAUUAAUGUGGCGUGUCCAGGCCGGCUUCACCGCCUUUUUAGAGUAUUCCAAGAUCUUGUCAUGAAAUUGCUUCAUGUUUAGUAAUUGACAAUCACCUGGAAUAUCACCUUCCCGCGCGUAGAACAACAGCAUGAUAAGAAUAGACCAAAC